AUGUCACCUCUGUUUCAUACCUCGCCUUUGGAUGAGGAGGUCCCAGUUCUAAUUAUCGGUGGGGGGCCAUCAGGUCUUCUUCUCGCUUUUUUGCUCGCUCAACUGGGUGUUCGAUCUUUGGUCAUCGAACGCUACCCAACCAGGCUAGCAGCUCCUAAAGCACAUGCGCUUUCGCCUCGAUCUCUCGAAUUCUGUCGACAGGCGGGGUUGGAUGUAAAUGAGAUUCGCAAAAUUGGCAACCCUCGUCAAGAUGCUUAUUGGGUCAACUUUGUCACAAGUCUAGCUGGCAGACAAGUCGGGCGUUUACCCUACGAGCGCAUGGAUCAUGGAGUUCUUAACGAUACUCCAACUAUGAUACACAAUAUUCCCCAACCAGCAUUUGAAGAUUUCAUUUCCAAGCGACUAUCGAAGACCAACCUCGUUGAAAUUCGCAAGAACCACUCGUUUAUGAGCCUUGAGCAGAGAGAUGGGUUUGUUGUGACCAAAAUCGAAGACAGAUCAUCUCAAAGGGAAUACAGUAUCAAGUCCCAGCAUGUCAUUGCGUGCGAUGGGGCUAGAAGUGCCGUUCGACAGUUUCUUGGAAUAGCAAGUGAAGGCGAAGAGACUUGUGAAACUAUGAUGACAAUCCAUUUCAAUGCCGACUUGAAGCCCGUGAUCAAGGAACAAGUUGGCAUGCUGCACUGGAUCAUGGACCCAUUAGUCUCUGGAUUUAUUAUUGGAUAUGAUCUGUCCGGAAACCAAGUGCUGAUUUGCAACUUCGAUUCCGAAAAGUACCCAGUGGAAUCCUGGGAUGAAAAACACUGUCGAGAGAUCAUUGAUGCAGCCAUUGGCGUUGAGGUGCCUUAUGAUGUCCUCAGUUAUCGGCCUUGGAUUCUUAGUAGAAAAGUAGCCCACUCAUACCGCAAGGGUCAAGUCUUCCUUGCCGGGGAUGCCGCUCAUUCCUUCCCUCCGACCGGUGGUCUCGGUCUAAACUCUGGCUUAGGCGAUGUCCAUAAUCUGGCGUACAAACUCGCAGCAGUCCAUCACGGCUGGGGUGGUGAUAGUCUUCUUGACACAUAUCAACCUGAACGUCGUCAAGUAUCCCUUGUCAACGCUAGCCAGAGCGUCAAAAAUGGCAAGCAGAUCUUCGGUCUUCUCAAGGCAUUGGGUACGACUGAUCCCGACGUGACCAUCUCCCGACAAAAUCUCUACCACAACAUCGAAGAUCCAGAAGCCAUGAUUGAGAUCAACAAAGGAAUCGAGGGUCAGCGGGAACAUUUUGAUAAUCUCGGAUUACACAUUGGGUACGUGUACGGCGAUACAGAAAUCCCCUCCAACGUGUCGGCAUUUCGAGCUUCGUGUGUACCCGGUGCUCGACUUCCACAUGCGUGGAUUAAGGACACUUCGGGACUACUGCAGCUUCCUGCGAUAGACUGCAGUUACGUGCACGAACUUACCAAAGAAGAAAUCUCCAAGAAGCAAUAUUCGACUCUGGACUUAUGCCAGCUGGACACAUUCACUUUGAUCAUUGACGAAUGUAAUCUGUCUCAUUUCCAGUCGAUGGUGAGCGAUGCAUUUGCCAACUUGCCCAAAGAGAUACAACAAGUCUUUCCUCUAAAGACGGUCGUGUUAGGCGUUGACUUCCAACUGCAAGGAGAAACAGAGGGCAAUAAUUGGGUAUCUUUGAUGGGAUUGAAUGAGCAUGGGAUUCUUGUUCGCCCAGAUCAGCAUAUUUUGACCUGCAUUUCCAACAAGGCCGAGUCGGGGGAGUUGUUGCAACCCCUCAAAGACCAUCUUGGGUGGUGA